AUGGCCAUGAUCUUCGACUCACCUUUGGGCGGGAUCUUGUACAUGUUUGAGGAAGUGACAAGCGUCUCCUGGCCUGUUGAGCUCACCUUCAAGGCCGUGGUCGGUUGCACGAUCUGCACCUCAGUGUCUUAUGCACUGCUGCGAGUUUGCCAGUCGAGCAUCCGGGAGUUCGUCAUCUUCGAGAUGUGGUACGGCACCAACCAUCCGGAUUUUUCUUUUCUCGACCUCCCGGGCUUUAUCAUCUUAUCUGCAAUUCUGGGAUUUUUCGCCCCGUUGCACACAAAGCUGUGCCUCAAGGUCAUGGAUUGUCGCAAACGUCUCCACGCCGGGCCUGUUCUUAGAAACUGUCAGCCUUGGGCCAAAAUGGCCGAGACGGUUGCCUAUGCUGCUCUUUGUGCCGCAGUUGUCGCGCUGACAAGCAUCCUCGGCAGCUGCCAAGCUCUGCCGAAGCUGACAUCCGAACUCAGUUACGUUCAGUACCAGUGUCCUGAAGGAGAAUACAAUCCGACAGCCUCCCUUCUGCUGACGACUGCAGAAGGCGCAGUCAAGCGACUUUUCAAUCGACGGAACCAUGGGGCUUUCGGCAUCCUGGGGGGUUUCGUCGCGCUCUUGGCGUACACCACCCUGAACAUCGGUUUCGCUGGGCUGCCGGUGCCAUCUGGCAACUUCACCGGUACUAUGUUGAUCGGAGGACUGACAGGCAGACUCUUCGGGCACUGCCAGGCAUUACUACUGCCGGAAGCAUCGUUCACCUCUGCCGGGAUCUAUGCGAUGGUAGGUGCUGCAGCAAUGCUCUGCAGCUUCAAACACAUGACCUUGGCUGUGGUGGUGUUCAUCUGCCAGGCAUCCAACAAUAUUGAACUGGUGCCGGUGCUGAUGCUGGCAGUGACGGUGUCCUUGUUCGUCCAUAAGAUCAUCGGGUCUCCCAUCGCAUUCGACGAGGCGCAGAUCUUGCGGAAGAAAGCGCAUUACCUAUCUGCAGAGCCCUGUAAGCCAGUCCGACGUUUGGCAGCUCGGCAGCUCGUCGACGACCUCCCAGUGCAGUCUCGCCUUCCCGCGCGGCCGACGUCCGCGCAGGUAGUCGAGGCGCUCCGCGAGACGCAGGCGCCCUUCCUACCAAUCUUCUCAGCACCAGGCGAUGGCCCGCGAAGGUGUUUAGGGCUGGCCCCGCGGACGCGCCUGGACGCCGCAGUGCGGGCUGCUGAGGGAGGCGUUGUGCCAGCUGACAGCUUGGCCGACCCUCCCAACAUCACGAUCCAGGCAGACGCUCCGGCCGACUCUUUCUACGUGCUUUUUGCAAAAGCUCAGCUCCGAGCUGCGUGCGUUCUUACGGCUUCUGGCGAAUAUUACGGCGUCAUCUCCCGCGCAGGCCUCGCGAAGACGGCGAUGGCCUUAGAGGAGGGCAUGGAGCUGGAGCCUCUCCAGGAGGUCGCCACCGAAACUGGAGACGACUUUUCGGACUCCGAAACUGAUUCGGAGAGCGAUGGUGAGAGGGAAGCUUUCGGAGCGAAGUCGUGCAGGAAAGGAUCGUCGUUUCUACACAUCUGA